AUGGGGCUUUUGGACUUAGCCAUGUUUGACGAGCUGAGGCGGAUGAAUUUCAGACAACUUAUAUAUCAAGGCCUUAAUUUCGCCAUGGUCGUCUCAUCUGCAUUAAUGAUAUGGAAAGGUCUUAUGGUUGUCACAGGAUCCGAGAGCCCCAUUGUUGUUGUUCUCUCAGGAUCAAUGGAGCCAGCGUUUUUCCGUGGAGACCUUUUACUUCUUACCAAUGACCAAGCAGACCCAAUUAGGACCGGAGACAUCACUGUUUUUAAAAUCGAUGGUAGAGAUAUACCAAUAGUUCAUCGAGUUAUUAAGGUUCACGAGAAAACACCACAGGAUACCAAGUUCCUUACCAAAGGAGAUAAUAAUCAGGUUGAUGAUCGUGGCCUUUAUGCUCCGGGACAAAUGUGGCUUCACCGUUCUGAUGUUGUUGGACGCACGAAAGGUAUUCUACCUUACGUUGGAAUGGUUACGAUCCUUAUGAAUGAUUAUCCAAAAUUGAAAUAUGCUGUUUUGGGCCUGCUCGGCUUAUUUGUUAUUAUUCAUCGUGAACAAUAG